AUGGCUGCCGCCGCCGCCGCUUACCCCCAGCUCACCAAGAGCAAGCCUGAGGGCAUCGAUCUCUAUGCUCGCUUCGCUCUUGCCGGUGCGCUGGGCUGCUCCAUCACGCACGGUGCCUUCACUCCGGUGGACGUUGUUAAGACAAGGAUCCAACUCGACCCUGCCACUUACAACCGUGGCAUGAUUGGCAGCUUUCGCCAGGUCGUCCGCAACGAAGGUAUCAGCGCUCUCGCAACAGGUAUCGGCCCAACCUUCGCGGGCUAUUUUAUGCAGGGUGCCUUCAAAUUUGGUGGCUAUGAAUUCUUCCAGCAGAAAAUAAAUGAUAUUUUCGGCAAGGAAAAGGCUACAGAGAAUCGUACAGCUGUUUAUGUUAUUUCGGCUGGUACUGCUGAGUUCUUUGCCUCGAUUGCAUUAUGCCCCUUGGAAGCGACGCGUAUUCGUCUUGUCUCGACACCUGGCUUUGCCAACGGUCUGAUUGGUGGCUUUGGGAAGAUCCUGAAAAAUGAGGGUAUUGGUGCCUUUUAUUCUGGCUUUGGUCCGAUUCUCUUCAAGCAGGUUCCUUACACAAUCACCAAGUUUGUUGCUUUCGAAAAGGUUUCUGAGGCUAUUCUGAGCCAGUUUGACAAGCCCCAAAUGUCUGCCGGUGCCUCGACCGCUGUGAACCUUGGAUCUGGUCUGAUUGGCGGCUUUGCAGCUGCCAUCGUGUCGCAGCCUGCUGAUACUAUGCUUUCCAAGAUCAACAAGACGAAGGGUCUGCCGGGUGAGAGCACUGUCUCUCGGCUGGUUAAGAUCGCCGGUGAGCUUGGUCUCCGUGGAUCUUUCGCUGGUCUCCCCACUCGUCUGUUCAUGGUUGGUGGCCUCACUGCGGGCCAGUUCGCCAUAUACGGCGAUAUCAAGAAGCUCCUUGGUGCUACGAAAUAG